AUGUGGAAAGAUGUUAAGACAGUUCGCAGAAAGCCUCGUCAUAGUCAAACACAAGGCUCAGUUGAAAGGGCCAAUCAGGAUAUACAGAAUGUGUUAACUGCAUGGAUGAACAAUAACGAAACAAAUAAAUGGUUAGAUGGUUUGUGCUUUGAAUCUGAAUAUUCUGAAACUCAUCUGCAAAAUAUAUUACUGUUAAAAGAAAAUGAUAUAUCAUUGGAUAAAAGCUAUACUAAGGAAUCUCAGGUUACUAUUUCCAAUUCAACUUCUCUAAAAAGCCUUCAAGAAGCAGAUUCUGGUGUAGUUGAUGUUGAAAAUAGCAUUGAAGUGAUAGGUAGUGAAGAGAAACCAGUCUGCUUUGAAGAAUCAAAGCAAAUAAAUAAGUGUGAUUGCAUGGAUUGUAUGAGGAAACUGGAUGAAGAGCAGAAAAGAAUUUCACAUAUAAUUAAUCUAGAUGCGGCAGAUAAUUCUAAAUCGAAAGAUUUGGAAGUUAUUCAUACGAAAAUAGUGCGUCGGUGCAAAGUAGCAGCUAAAAUGGAUGACAAUAAAAGUGUUGCUUUUGAAAAAUGUGUGACCAAUAAUGACGAAACAGAAAAUACGAAUACAUUGCAAUUAAUGUCGGAUAGUCAAAUAAAAAACUAUAAUUGUGUCAGCAACAUAAGUACAGAUUCUGGAUUGUCAAUAGAUAAGUCUACACCCAACUGUGAUGUUUCAGACAGUUUAUUAUUUAAUGUAAAUACAUUUCAACCUGGUUUAGACUUUAAAUUUUCUAUUCCGGACACAGAAGAAAAAGAGUUUAAUCAAGAUAAUAACUGGUGGGCAGAACGUAAAGAGCCAGAAGGUCAAGAAGAUCCUUCACCAAAUGUUGACUGUUUGCAAAAACAAACUGCUGUGCUUAAAUCACCAGAUAAAGAUACUGUAUUGACUGAUGAUGAAGUAUCUAUCUAUGAUUUAAAUAAGUACUGUGAUAAUGAGGAUUCUUCUAGUUCAUAUUAUAAAAAUGAAAAAACAGAGUGUAAUAUUUCAUUUGAUAUGGCCAAAGUUCAGGAUGAUGACAGUGACUCUACAGAGGAUAACAUAUCAAGUUGUACAUUGCAUAGUGAUGAAUCUGACCAUGAAAAACUACUAAAUGUAAUUGAAAAAAGUGAUGACUCAUUGAGGCUCAGUGAGAAUAUGUUGUUAUAUUUAUCAUUGGAGAUUUUUGAAUUAGUAGAAGAAAAAUUUUACAAGAUGUUUCCCGCAUUUACCGGAUACUUAGAAGGUACGCCUGAGAUUAUAUUUAUUGUUUUGUCGGAUAAAUACUUGUAUUUUCUGAGACGUGGAAACAGAGAAGAACGAUUACAUAAAGAAGCCUCUUUUGUAUUUUCGGAGAUUGAUUACAUAUACGUAGGUAUUAAUUACCAGGAGUUCUUAAUUGUCUCUACUGACAGGAAGAGAGUUUAUCAAAUAUACACUGGAAAUCAUAACUUAACAAGGAGUAUUAUUUCACAUCUAGAAGUAGCAAUAAGAAGGACAAAACAACCAAAGUUACCCUGUGUUUUUGUAGAUGCAACUGCACAUAAGAUAUAUCUAAAGAAAUUUAUAGCACAGAACUUAAAUUGUGGGAUAAUGACAGUGCAAUUAUACCAUUAUGCGUUAGUUCAUUGGGAAAAUUACAUCGGACAUAACAGUCUCGUGUUUUCAACUCCCGCCGGACCUCACUAUCAAGGUUUUCUUAUGUAUAGGUUUCACAAAAAUACUGCUGAUAGCAAUGAACCUUGGGAAGCUGGAUAUUUUAUGCUCAAGAAUGGAGUUCUGUUUUGCUUUAAUUCAAAAUCUGAAAAAGAUGUGAAAUUUUAUGUGCAGUUAUGUGUUCCUCAUUGCAAAGGAUGUCGUCGUCUGCCUUAUGCCGACAGACCACACGUUUUUGAACUGAUAGUUUCUAAAGAAGACUCUUUACAAUUAGCUGCUGCAGAUGAUUAUGAUGCUUCAGUAUGGCUUCAGUCAUUUCUUCAAGCAGUCUGUCAAGCUGGCCAUUUCUUUGAUCCGGAACCAACUUAUCAAACCUGUUGUAUCGUUCUUGCCAACGACUCUAUUUUGACUCUUCAAGGGAAGAAUUACAAGCAAAUGCAUGAAUUGCUAGGUUGUGCAAAUAUAUGUGAUCUGUUGCAUGCAUAUGUGGAAGAUGAUGCUUCACUAUGUUGCAUUUUAGAAUUUGAAUCGGGUGAAGCAGACAGAUGUAGUGGAGAAUGGAUUUUGUUCUUUGGAUGCUCGGAUGAAAGAGAGAGAUUUCUGAAUGUGUUGUUUUAUAAAUGGGAAGAAAUAUAUAAGAGAAAACUACCAGUGUCUCCUAUAAAAGAUCUUUCUCUGUUAGAAAAGUGUAAAGAAAUGUCACACAAACUGACUAAAGAAAGACUUCUGUCUCAUUGUAUUUUUGAAGAGUUAGACUAAAUAUUCUACUCCUAAUUCUGUACGAUCUUCUAUGGAUUAAGUAUUUAGCAAACAAAUAAUACUUCAGUUUUAGUAGAUGUCAAGCUCACCUUUACGGAGAUAGACUGAGACUCCCGAUUCUUUAGGUAUAAAAGCUUAAACUCCGCUUGCUUUUGCCCAAGCCUAACUAUGUACAUAGAUGUUGCCAUUAGAGGCAUUGUUUAUAAUUUUAUGUUUGUGUCGUUGCCAUUACUUUUUGUAAUUUUGUACAGUUAAUUGAGAGUCUGUAUCGUCGUAGUCACGUUCAUAAAUAAGAAAUGUUCCUAACAAACUGGUCAUGUGUCGGGGUUAUUGUUUCCGAAUACAAAUUGUUCUGAUGACGUAUACAACCGUAACAAUGGAACGGAAAUACGACGAUUGACAAAUGUUAUUGUAUCGUCUGUUUAUUUUAAUUAAGAAAUAAUUUUUAACUUGACAAAAUACUUGACUUUUAACCAGAUUCUACGUAAAGUAAUUUCUGAUGAAUAAAUUUUCAUGGUUACACAUUUCUGACAGGAUGUGGCCAUAAAUAAGGAAUGAACCAAGUCAGUUAACCGAGAUACAUUUUAAUGUUAUUUUAAGAACGGUUAAAACUGGUUUGGAACAAUUGUUGCAGUUGUUUCAACGUGUUUUAGCCAUUGUUAAAAUAAUUUAAAAAUAUAUCUGUUAAUUGAAUUUUGGGCCACCCUGUAUGUUUUGACGUAGAUUAUUGUUACAAUCUCUAAUUUAUUAGUAAAUAAUCUUUAGAGAAAAUACACGUUAUCCUAAUCCAGCACAUCUUUAUCAAAAUAAAGAUAUUUUCGGAUCUUUUAAAGGGCUUAUUACUAUUAAAUAGCCAAAUUAUACGUGUUAAACUGUAAUUUAGCCGUUUAUCUAAAACACGCUCUUUACAAGAAGAGAGAGUAUUUAUUAUUUUAAUAAAAUAUGCUGGAUUGUAAUGUGUAUUUCUUUUCUUUAAUUAACUAAAUUGUAAUUGUAAGUUAAUUAAUUUCAUUACAAUUAAGUAUUUUCGUUUACUAAUACGUAAUCCAUUGUAAUAAGAAUAAGUAAUAGAACGAUGAAUGAAAAUUCAAGAGAAUAGUGUAGAGAUAAAUUUAUUUUAUGUAUUAUUGUUUGCUCACAAUUUAAAUGUGAAAUGCUCUUA